AAAAAGAUCCGGCAGAAAUUUGUAUUGAUCUGACGUUUGCUGAGGGUGCGGAAAAGUUUGGUUAUGUUCUGCUUGCAAAAGACAAUAACACGCGUGUGCUGCUAUAACAACUGGAUAAUAAAAGUUCUAAGCAUUAAAUAACAAUCGCAACCGAGAUUGCAACAGAGCGUAACACGGCCCUCCCUUUAAUUCACGCUUUUAAAUGGAACGAAAGGCCGUAAGAGCAAUGUCAUACCGCCCCUUUCAAAUGUUGCUCCAGAUGUUACUGCUUGCAAAAGACAAUAUCGUGAUUAUUUUUUAUUUAAAUUUACUAUUUCUGGACCCUGAAUUCAAAACCAUCAUUGAUAGUCAUUGCCCCACCAUCUCACCGACCUUAAUAUUGGCCGGAGAAAUUCACUCGACUGAACAAAUGAACCAGCACGUGGUGGCUCCACCAAAACAAAGCCGGUGCUUCCGUUCCAGUUGUGUUGCAGGUCAAAAACAGGAGUUGUUGUGGACGAUUGAUCCAAGAAAACAUUAUAAAACAUUACAUAUAAAUGAAAGGUUCGUUAAUUGUUAUAAGAUGAACAAUUUAAAUACGCCAACGGCUUCGAAGAAGACACCAUUCCAUAGGCUGGGAUUAACACGGUCCUUGAAGAAACCCGAAACGGAAUCACCCAACACAUCUACUCCCAGCAAAGUGGCUCCAUCUACGUCAGAACCGAUAACGCCGCGUCCUCGACCCAUCAAGGGUAUGCGCUCACCCAAUGAGGACGACGAUAGUGAUACGGAAAUGGUAACGAUUCCUGCGCUACUAUCAUCAAGUAGUAUGCAGGAGGAAGUCCCGGUCAGCAGUCCCAUCACACCAGCCACGUCGUCUGCCGGACGACGAAUGUCCACCGCUAAGAGAACUCGACUCUCUUUGAGCCAAAGUUGGAAGGAGAAAAUCGUCCGCAAAAAGGAGCUUAAUAUAAAGCGCAGGAAAAUUUUGCAAGAAGUCGAACACAGCUCGGAUAGCGAAAUGCCGGUUGAAACCGUGGUUGAGUUACCGGUUUUGGAAACUAAAGAGGCCACUGAUGCGAAAAUCUCUUCAACAAAGCAGAAAAUCGCAGAAAUUGAAGCAACAAUCACCGUGUGGCAGCAGGGAUGCGUUCAAGCGUUGAACGAUCUACAGCAGCUGCAAGGAGUAGAAAGUAUGGAGUCCUUGCUGGCAAUGCUUCAGAUUCCCCACGAUCUGGUUGACUUUGACAGUGAGAAUCAGGAGUUCCUCGAUCCAGAUUAACUUUAACAACGUUUACUUUGGAAAGACAUAAAAAGACUGAUAAUAAAUAAGUGUUGGACUAAAAAA